CACGGCUCCGCCCGCAGUCCGCUGCUUCGCGACUCCUCUCCUCUCUCCUCUCAGCCGCGGGCCGCGUUCUCCUCGCCGUCGCCGUUGCCGCCGCGGGGCCCCGGGCCGGAGCCUGCUCCGGAGCGCCUCCCGCCAUGGCGCGGCCGCCGCAGGAGGCGAUCGACACCUUCGUCAGCAUCACCGGCGCCGACGAGGCCGCCGCCGUCCGCGUGCUGGAGGAACAUGAAAAUGAUCUAAAUGGAGCUGUGAAUGCUUAUUUUAACGAGGGAGAUAGGUCCACCACCAGAAUCAAUCAGAAUCCUGUACCUGCCAGUGAUGAUGACAUGGAGCUGGAUGAACCACUUGAUCCCAUGUUUAACAGACCUUUGUUCCCUAGAACUUUGGGCAACCCUUUUGCAUUUUUGGAUCCAGGUCUUGCGGACAUAACUGCUGCUGAUAUAUUUCGGAGGGGACCUCAGGUUACACAUCCUAGGGAGGUGAGGCAGAUACCUAUUGAAGUUAAGGACACCAAUACUCAGACAGGCAGUUCUGGUCAGGGUCCGGUUAUUGAGGAUGUUACCGGACGUGAAUCUUUCUAUGGUCCAGAGGUUCAUGGGACUGUUAUAGUUGAUGAAGAUGAUGAAGAUUUGCCAUCAACACCAUCUGCUCAUGAUCCUAAUGUCCCAAGCAGCACUUCACGUCCAAACCAUUCCAUGCCAAGUGCUCCUCCACUGGUUGACGUUAGCGACUAUAACAACGAUAUAGAAGAGCAGAUGAUUCGGGCAGCAAUCGAAGCUUCAAAAAGGGAAGUUGAAGGCAUGACAAAUGUAUGCUUCUGCUUUUGGAUCUGUCAAAUUUCCAUCUAUUUAAACAAAUUUUUGAACAAAAUCCAUUGUACGCAGACUCUAAACAAUGGUGAAUCGGAGACCGCAUCACGUGGCAGAGGUGAUGAUGAGCUUGCUCGGGCAGUUUCUUUGUCCUUGGAGACAGCAGAGCGAGAGAGAGCUUUGCGCCAAGAGGGAACGCAUGUAGUGGAUCAUUCUCCUGAUUUAUCUGAUAAAGAAGACACUGAGAUGAUUGAAAGGCAAGGACUAACAGGGAAAGUUGGAACUUCUAGGGAAACUGUAGAUGAAGAGAACUUCCAAGAGGACAUCGGUGAUGAUGACGAACAACCUUUAGUUAGGCAUCGCUAUAGACGUGGUCAAAACAGAACUACUGAUCCGAUGGAAUCGGUGCAAAUGGCCAACAGUCCUUCCUCCAGUCCUCAUCCGCAUAGUGUUCAAAAUGACCAUCAGCAUAAUGGCAGUUUCGAAGAGUGGGGUGGCAUUUCUUCUGAAGAGCAUGACGAAGCUGUUAUGCUUGAGGCUGCAAUGUUUGGUGGGAUUCCUGAACGAGCACCAUAUCCCUUUUCCUUCCCAACCCGUGGAAGGUCAACCCACUAUCCCGGAGUAGCACGUCCUCCAUCACCAACAUUAACUGCACAGCGGUUGUUAAGGGAACAGCAGGAUGAUGAGUAUCUUGCAGCCCUCCAAGCUGAUCGAGAAAAAGAGUUGAAGGCUGUGCAGGAGGCUGAGCUCCGCAGGGCUGAGGAAGCUGCAGCAAGAGAAGCUGCUCUUGAAUGUCAAAAGAAAGAAGAGGAGGAGAAGCUAAAGAAACAGCGUGAGGAAGAGGAGUUAGAGUCCGAGCUUACAGCCAAACAAGCAUCACUACCAAAGGAGCCACUACAAAAUGAUGAGGGGGCAGUCACAGUGGUAGUCCGCAUGCCUGAUGGUAGUCGCCGAGGACGGCGCUUUCUCAAAUCCGACAAGCUUCAGUAUCUUUAUGAUUUCAUAGACAUCAGCAGGACUUUCAAACCAGGAACUUAUAGACUGGUGAGAUCUUAUCCCAGGCGUGUGUUCACUGAUGGGGAGAGCCAGAUGUCGCUGAGUGAUCUCGGCCUCACUAGCAAGCAUGAAGCUCUGUUCCUAGAAAAAAUUUCAGGGUAGAAUACAAAUUAAAGGUUUAGAGUUAUGGUCAAGUAAUAUGCACUUCUAAAAUUGUAUCCGGCGUGUGUUUAUUGAAAUGCUAUAGUGCUCGCAUGAUAACUGGUGUCUAUAAGAUCCCGUGGCCUUCUUUUUUCUUUUCCCCUGCCGAACGCUGGUGUUUCACUUUCACUGACUGCUGUCAGUUUGUGUAACGCAUCAGUCUCAUAGGCACUUCGAACGUGCCGUCAGAAUGUAUCUACAAUUCUACAUUCAGAAGGUUUUAUUUCCAAUGAUUUCGUGA